UUCUUUCUUUCACUUGGACCCCUUUUGUUUCCGUGCACCUCCUCAAACCUCCCAUUUUGUUUUUUGGGGAUCUUUCUUGUUUCUUUCUUUGCCCUUUAUGUUGUUACUGUCUUCGAGGGUCAUCAUUAGCCUAAUCGCACCACCACAAUGUGUUUCAUCUCAUGUGGGAUUAAAGUAAGAUCCUCUCUUUACCUCUUAUACCUCAUGAUUUGCUAAUGUUGCUUUCCGGAGAGAGAUGGGUUUUUGGUUUUGGUAGGCCUUUCAUCGGAUUGGUCUUCUCGGUGGUUUUGUAAUUUGCAGCUCAAGUGUUUGUUAAUAUGCCGAGCUUCUGGUGAGAAGAUAUAUUUCAUGACAUUGCUCAAAAUUUUUUUGGUUUGAGUUUGAGAGUUGAGACUGUUUGUUAAGUUGGGUCUUUUGAUUCAGUUAAUGAAAUUUUACAUACAUCUGCUAGAAAAGUUUCUCUGCUCUGGUAUUAAUUUGUUUGGAGAUUGAACAUUGUCAGAUAUACUGCUUUCAAUGUGAUUUUGGGGUCCAAGAUGAAAUCUCUGAGUAGUGUAGGUCUUGGUCUGAGUGUAGUUUUUGGUUGUCUUUUGCUGGCUCUUGUAGCUGAGGUUUACUACUUGUUAUGGUGGAAGAGGAGGAUAACCCACAGAUCAGAGAUUGAGAAUGACUAUAGCAGCCCUGUAAAAGAGCUAUUCUAUAUGUUUUGUUGGAAAAGGCCAUCAUCUUCACUGAGGCACACUCAAGAGCUUUACUCUUCUGUGAGAAUCAGUGAAGCCCUUGUUCACACUGACCAACAAAGUCAAGCUCAAGCUCAAGCAAGCAAGGAUUUUCUAUUCAAACCCUAUGGGGAGGAUCAGCAGGACCUGUUUGUUCCUCCAAGGUUCUUGUUCACAAUAGUGGAAGAAACAAAGGAGGAUUUAGAAUCUGAGGAUGGGAAAUCAAGAGGUAAGAGCUUGAAUGAUUUGCUCAUAGUGGAGACUCCAUAUUUGACACCUAUGGCUUCUCCAUCUCUGUUCACUCCUCCUCUUACUCCUCUUAUGAACCCUUCUUAUAACAACCAUCGUGGAGCAUUCAACCCGCUUUUUGAAUCAGCGACUGAUGCAGAGUUCAAUAGAAUAAAGUCAUCUCCUCCGCCAAAAUUCAAGUUCUUGCAGGAUGCGGAGGAGAAGCUGAAAAGAAAAUUACAAGAAGAGGGUGGUGAGGAAAAGGGAAAUGACGUGAGUGGUUCUUUCAUCGCCAUUGUUGUGGAUAAGUGAAAGAACAAAGAAAGACAGCUUAAUUAUUCAUAUCUCUCUUUUUCUUCGAGCAGGUACUUCUUCCCUUAGCUUCUUGACAUUGAUUAGAAACCAUUUAACAUCAGAGUUCCCUUCCUUGACCUUUCUAAUUAAUUAGUUUGUGUUGAAUUUCCCCUUUUUUGUAUUGGGGUUCAAUUAGUUUUAUCCCUUUUGGGUUGUUUUGGGAUGCAGUUAGGGUUUGAUCUGCAGACCCACUAUGCACUGUAACUUUAUCUUCCAUGUUCAAGCGUUGUGGUCCAGUACCCAACAAUUUUAUGCGGAGAAAAAUCUGAAAGACAAUGAAGAAUGAAGACUUUAACUUUGUGGUAAUCCAAGGGAUAUAUCGGGAUUUUCAUCAGCCUUAAAAACUAAAUAAUACCUCUUUAACCAACAUUCAUUUGUCCAUUAUCCUGCUCGUAGAGAUGUGACUUCCAAUUCCAACUACUUGAUUUCUCAUUUGACAUCUUUUCACUCAUAUAGAAAAACAUGAGCUACCUUGUUGAGUGUAUAAUCAGCAAAAAAGAAUGAUAUUACGAGAUGCCUGAUGGGGAUAUACUGUAUUACUCACCAUUUCUAAAUAAUAUAGCUUGUUAUAAAUUUUAUAUUAAUAUUGAUGAAAGUUGCAGGGACAUUGUCAAGUAAUGUAUAAGUUAAUUGGAAGUGGAUAUAUAAUUGUGUGUGUGUGUGUGUUUAAACAGAUAUUCUUCCUCUCUUUCUAUCAAUUCAAUUCUCUUACAUCGUGUCUCUUACGGAAGAAAGGUCACCAUUUUUUUUUUUAAUCAUCAUUUUAUCUCCACUUCUUAAUCAUGACCAUUGAUAUCACUGCAUUAAAUGAAUUUGUUUUAAUCAUAGAUUUGAUAAAUGGUCAAAAUUAAGAAGUAGAGGGAAAAUGAUGAUUAAAAAAAAAAAAGGAAAAAGAGAGACUCCUCUCCUGUCUCUCAAGGACUUGGGAGCAUCCAUGUAGUUGAACUCACUUUGUAAAAAUAGGUUUUUAUUAUGGUUGUAUUAUUUUGGAGUAUCCAAUGUUUGUGUGUGCGUAAAUUGAUAUGGUUGAGGAAGGGCAGAAGUGAAGGGAGUGACAAAAAUGGUAAAAAAAGAAGUGAGAAGAUGUGUUUGGGGAAUUAGCUAAAGAACAAGGGAGGGAGGCAGAACCCGUGAAUGAAUGUCUGGAGGGAAUUUGGCCGAAAGGUAGGCCUCAGGUAACCCCACCACCAUGUUGACGAAUCAUCACAGGUCAGAUUGCAUAAUAAUUAAGCAAUGACUUUACUCGCAGCACAUUUUUUUAGGCCCUUCCUUUCUCUGGUUCAUGUAUGGUUCAAGGUAAAGAGGACUCUUUCGAGAUUUCUGUAAUAUGAUUGAUUGACGUUGGUUUUGAGAUUUGGCUCAUUCUCACUCAUGAUGCUGCUAAUUAUUCAUGGUUUGUACUGUUUAUAGAAGCAGUUUUAGCUUGACCUUGUGUUCCAUGGAUAUAUAUGGUAAGACAAAAAGGGAAAAAU